CGGAGCGCUGCCGGCCCGCUCAUCGCUCAUGGCUCAUGGCGGCGUACGCGCGGCUCGGCGCUGCCAGGGCGCCGCUGCUGGGGCUCGGCACAUGGAAGUCCCCCCCAGGUAAGGUGGAAACUGCAGUGAUGGCUGCCAUCGAUGCCGGGUAUCGCCACUUUGACUGUGCCUACGUGUACCAGAAUGAGAAGGAAGUUGGGCAUGGGAUCCACCAGAAAAUCAAGGAAGGUGUUGUGAAACGAGAGGACCUCUUCAUCGUCAGUAAGCUGUGGUGCACGUUUCAUGAGAAGCCUCUGGUGAAGGGAGCCUGCCAGAAGACUCUUGCAGACUUGAAACUGGAUUACCUGGAUCUCUACCUCAUCCACUGGCCUUUUGGGUUCAAGGCAGGAGAGGGACUGUUUCCCGCAGAUGACAAAGGCAUGGCUAUCUCCAGCAACACUGAUAUUCUACAGACAUGGGAGGCCAUGGAAGAGCUGGUGGAUGCUGGUCUGGUAAAAGCCAUUGGAAUUUCCAACUUUAACCAUGAACAGAUUGAAAGAAUCUUGAACAAACCAGGACUGAAGUACAAGCCUGCAAAUAACCAGAUUGAGUGUCAUCCAUACCUUACCCAGGAGAAGUUGAUCAACUAUUGCCAAUCCAAAGGGAUCACUGUGACAGCAUACUGUCCCCUUGGCCGCCCUGAUGGUUCUAAGCCAGAGGCACCUUCCCUUCUGGAUGACCCCAUGAUCAAAGAGAUUGCAGCCAAGCACAACAAAACCCCAGCACAGGUUCUCCUUCGCUUCCAGAUCCAGAGAAAUGUGAUUGUGAUUCCCAAGUCUGUCACACCACAGCGCAUUGUGGAGAACUUCAAGGUAUUUGACUUCAAAUUGACUGAAGAGGAGAUGGCAACCCUUCUCAGCUUAAACAGAAACUGGAGGAUCUGUGAAAUGAUCACGUGCAAAAAUCACACGGAGUACCCUUUCAAUGCAGAAUACUGAAGGUGGUUUUAUGCUGCCCUCGUGCAGGCCUCUGGAGUAUAAUGAGCUUCUGCCAUUGCCUGAAGUUGCCCACUAGCUGCACACUGUCUCUCUCCUGCUAGCAAAGGCACAGUAUAUGUAUUCAGUGACUUUGGGUUUUUCUUCUUUGGUGGAACAAAAUAGUAAAGCUGUUCUGGAGAACAAAAUAUGGGCUGCAAUAAUCCUCUGCUCAUUCGAUGCGUGUCUCUGCAUGGCUGAAGGAGUAAAGCAGAAAACAGAAUAACCUAGCAACUGAUUUUAUUUUCUGUCUUGCAUCAAUACCACUUAAGGCUGCAGGGUUAAAGAUACGUGAACGCAGAAGAAAGAUCCAUCCUGAAAGAAUGAACUACAUAAUUGCUGCCUGAAGACAAAAGACAACAAUUAAUUUUACUUCUAGAGCACAGUCCAAAGCUUUCUGUGAAGAAUAAAUGGGAGAAGUGUCCAAACCUACAGAUGCAUACCAACUCAUACUGGGCCUUAAUUCAGUUGUGUUUUUUUUACAGGCUGAAACUGGA